AUGGACUGCCUGGCGGCGUUGUUCGCCUCACACAUCCGUCCUGGAGAUUGUUAUUGCCUCUUCGGAGCCGUGGGAGCCGGUAAAAGUGUCUUCAGUCGCGCUUUCAUUCGCGCGGUGGCGGAGGAUGACUUCCUUCCGGUACCAUCUCCUACAUUCCUGCUUCAAAACACAUACGACGAGCACCAGGGCCCUCCCAUCCACCAUUUCGACUUCUACCGGCUAACAUCAGUCCAGGACUUUAACCGGCUCGACCUCGAGGGUUCCCUAACGCGCGCGGUGUGUCUCAUGGAGUGGCCCGAGCGCCUGCCCGCACUCCCGUUGCAGUGCCUUGCGGUACAAAUCGAAGUCGUGGAUGAGGACGCGAUAUCAACGCUGCAGGCGCCAGCCAGGUCCCACCGCAAACGCUCGACCACUCCGGCUCGCGGGCGCGCCUUCGCCGUCGACGGCAGCUGCGACAGCGACUGCGAAACCAGCUACAUGCCGCCCGUCGCAUACUCCCCUGAAGACGUCGAGACUGAGGAGGAUGCAGACGACUAUCGGGACCGCCGGCCGCGGCUCGUGACGCUGACCCCGUACGGCAGCUACUGGGAGAGCCGUGCUCGAAGGAUUAUAAGUUAUAUCUCGGCGCACAGCCAUGCGUGUGACGGGCUGGUGGUACUGGGGGUGGAAGAGCCUGCUCUACCCGCGGCCGCGACCGUGCCUGCCGACUCCUCCUCCGGGGUGCCCAGUGCCUCCUAG